UAAUCUCUCCGGUGGUCACGUGUCAUCUCCACCUUAGCCCCAAGAGCCUUCAUGAACUUUCUUCUUCUUCCUCUCCUGCCCACACAACCGCUUUUUCUCAGGAAAAAAAAAAUCCAAACUUUCUCGUUUUGCUCAUAAUAUAACACAACAGAGACUCGCAAACAAAGUGCACCGAUUCAACUUCCGUAUCUCUUGAUCGUGAUACAGUUAUCAAAAGGGUUCAAACUUACCUAAUUGACUCGGAAUCGUGAUGUAUCAGUGGAACUUACCGUACCGGAAAGAUGACGUGGAAGCAGGCGGCAGCUCAAGGGCUUUAUACCCAACGAUGCUUGAGAACCCUGAUCUCCGGUGGGGUUUUAUACGCAAGGUUUACUCUAUCAUCGCCUUUCAGCUUCUCGCCACCGUCGCCGUCGCAGCUACUGUUGUCACCGUCCGUCCAAUUGCUCUGUUCUUCGCAACCACUGGCCUUGGAUUAGCUCUCUACAUAGUCCUCAUCAUCACUCCCUUCAUAGUGUUGUGUCCGUUGUACUAUUACCACCAGAAGCAUCCGGUGAAUUACUUGCUCUUGGGGGUUUUCACUUUGGCUCUGGCUUUUGUAGUUGGAUUGUCAUGUGCUUUCACCAAUGGGAAAGUGAUUCUUGAGUCAGCGAUAUUGACAACGGUUGUGGUACUUUCUCUCACAUUAUACACCUUUUGGGCAGCUAGGAAAGGAUAUGACUUUAAUUUCCUCGGACCAUUCUUGUUCGGCGCUCUCAUCGUGCUUAUUGUCUUCGCCAUUAUACAAGUCUUGUUCCCAUUAGGGCGGAUUUCGGUGAUGAUCUACGGUUGUUUGGCAUCGAUAAUAUUCUGCGGAUACAUAGUCUAUGAUACUGACAAUCUGAUCAAACGAUACACAUAUGAUGAGUACAUUUGGGCAGCGGUUUCACUCUACCUAGACAUCAUCAACCUCUUCUUGUCUCUUCUUACUGUAUUUAGAGUCUUACAGAGAUGAUGAUUAUGACUUAUGAGGAUGUGUUAAUUAGCUUCUUUGUCUCUAAAAAAUGUUUAUAAUAAGAUAAUAAAUUUGUAUAAAUUCGUUGUUACAGUUCACAUGUUCAUGUGAUUUAAUUGAUUAUAGAGGGAACACAAAAACUGUGGAUA